CAAAAAAAAUUCAUAGGCCUUACUGUUAACGUUUCAAAAUUCGAAAGGAGAUUUGCCAGUAAGAAAUUCAAAACUUGAAGAGAGUAAAAGGUACAACUGGUUAAGCACUAAAGUACCACCCCACCACAGCAGCUGAACAAUCCGGACAAGAAAGCUUUUCUGUUUUCUCCCUAGAUUCUCUCACUACAAAAUUCUUCUUACAAUUCGCAUUCAAUCCCAGUCCAAUUUCAAUCUCUUCCCUUGUUUUCUCGCUUUAGCAGGAGUUUUCAUUCAUAAAUUUCAUCUUCUUCGUUCAAUAAAUUGUGUUUUUGUUGGUGAAUUGUUGGGCCAAAAGCUUCAGAUCUGGUUGGAGCAGCGGUGAUUUUGCGAGGUGAAGAUGUCGACCAUGGAGAGCUUGAUCGGGUUGGUGAACAGGAUUCAGAGAGCCUGUACGGCUCUGGGAGACUACGGCGGCGGUGAUAACGCUUUCUCUUCUCUCUGGGACGCUCUUCCGUCCGUCGCCGUCGUGGGCGGUCAGAGUUCUGGAAAAUCAUCCGUGUUGGAAAGCGUGGUCGGGAGGGAUUUUCUUCCUAGAGGAUCUGGGAUUGUUACCAGGCGGCCAUUGGUAUUGCAGUUGCACAAGACAGAUGGCGGGCAGCAAGAGUAUGCAGAAUUCUCUCAUUUGCCACGAAAAAGAUUUACUGAUUUCGCUAUGGUUCGCAAGGAAAUUCAGGAUGAAACUGAUAGAAUCACUGGGAAAACAAAACAAAUUUCUAAUGUUCCCAUCCACCUCAGCAUCUACUCCCCAAACGUGGUCAAUUUAACACUGAUUGAUUUGCCUGGAUUGACUAAAGUUGCUGUUGACGGGCAACCUGAAAGUAUAGUUGAAGAUAUUGAAAACAUGGUCCGGAACUAUGUUGAGAAGCCCAACUGCAUUAUACUAGCAAUAUCCCCAGCUAACCAGGAUAUUGCCACUUCAGAUGCAAUAAAACUUGCCAGGGAAGUGGACCCCUCAGGUGACCGGACAUUUGGAGUGCUUACUAAGCUAGAUUUGAUGGAUAAAGGAACCAAUGCAUUGGAUGUUCUUGAAGGCAGAGCUUAUCGAUUGCAACAUCCUUGGGUGGGUAUUGUGAACCGUUCUCAAGCUGAUAUUAACAGAAAUACUGAUAUGAUUGUUGCAAGAAGAAAAGAGCGUGAGUAUUUUGCUACAAGUCCUGACUAUGGACACCUUGCAAGUAAAAUGGGUUCAGAGUACCUGGCAAAGCUUCUCUCAAAGCACUUGGAGUCUGUAAUUAGGGCUAGAUUACCAAGUAUCACCUCUUUGAUCAACAAAAGCAUUGAGGAACUAGAAUCAGAGAUGGACCACCUUGGAAGGCCUAUUGCCGUUGACGCAGGGGCUCAGCUGUACACUAUCUUGGAGCUAUGCCGUGCCUUUGACAAAAUAUUUAAAGAGCACCUGGAUGGAGGCCGACCCGGUGGUGAUCGGAUCUAUGGGGUUUUUGAUAAUCAGCUUCCCGCAGCCCUAAAGAAACUUCCAUUUGAUCGGCAUUUAUCCCCGCAAAAUGUGAGGAAAGUUGUUUCUGAGGCUGACGGUUACCAGCCUCACUUGAUUGCUCCAGAGCAGGGUUAUAGACGGCUUAUUGAGGGAUCACUUAAUUAUUUUAGAGGCCCAGCAGAAGCUUCUGUUGAUGCUGUUCAUUUUGUUCUCAAGGAACUUGUGAGGAAGUCAAUUGGAGAAUGCCAGGAGUUGAAGCGGUUUCCCAGUCUACAAACAGCAAUAGCUGCAGCAUCUAAUGAAUCCUUGGAAAAAUUUCGUGAUGAAAGCAAAAAGACAGUCACUAGACUCGUGGACAUGGAGGCUUCAUACCUCACAGUUGAUUAUUUCAGGAAGCUUCCACAGGAGGUGGAGAAAGGUGGAAACCCAGCACCAGCAGCAGCUGCUGAUCGGUAUGCGGAUGCUCACUUCAGGAGGAUUGGGUUAAACGUCUCAUCUUACGUGACUAUGGUUUCCGACACUCUGAGAAACACUAUCCCAAAGGCCGUUGUUCAUUGCCAAGUGAAAGAAGCCAAGACUUCUUUAUUGAAUCACUUUUACGUACAUAUUGGGAAGAGAGAGGGCAAGGCUCUUGGGGAAUUGUUAGACGAAGACCCGGCUUUGAUGGAGAAGAGACAGCAAUGUGCCAAGAGGCUCGAACUGUACAAGAAAGCGAGGGACGAAAUCGACUCGGUAUCUUGGGCUUCAUGAGAUUAGUAUGUAGUAGUUCUUGUAGUAUAUUGUGAGCAUAUCUAUAUACAUUGGUGAUUCACAUUAUGAUAUGAUUGAAACCAUCAAUUGCGGCAUCUUCUCUUGUAUGACUAGUUGACAAUCACACAUUCUCUUCUAAUGGUAUUAAUGUAUUAUCAUUAUUUUAUCUGAAAAUUAAUCUUGGGUACCUUU